AUGGCCGCCAACACCAACGUUCAAUCCAGUCUGCCUAGCAACUCUCCCACUGGUUCAUAUCUGGAAAUUCGUUCCUUGUCGAGUAGCGACAAUGGCUGGACUGCUGUUGACUUCCCCAUCUCGAGGCAUUCUCUUGGUUCAUAUGUCGAAGCCAACAACAACGCUAUCUUCAAUCCUAGUCAGACUUUGCAUAUCCGCAGUGCAUCAGAUUCCUCCAACGACGAUGCCAGCUCUGUUCAGUUGUCAAGCAGCUAUGAGGAGAUUCCUUUCCCUCUUUUCUCACCCGUCUCAGAUGGUUUCAGUGCUGGCGACUACGUUCAGCACAGAUCGCACCACACCAGAAACUUCUCUUCUGAUUACGAGCAUGACUACUCGUCCCACUCGACCUCAUCGUCGCCGCUAGCAAGUCCUGCAGAUGGCACACGGCCCUCAACUUCGCAAGCAGUGCAAAUUUCGACAAUCUCCUCCAACGCUUCAAGCCCAGUGUCACCUCCUGUCAGAAAACGAAAGACUCCCACUAACGCUCUGGCCAAGACUACCAAGUCGGCUAUCAAGAAGGCCACUCCUCCAGCUCGCAAAGACGGUGCACCCGAGAAGCGUGUUGGCAAGAGAAAGGGCCCCCUGCGUGCUGAUCAGCGUCAACAAGCUCAUGAGAUCAGAAAACUUCGCGCAUGUCUUCGUUGCAAAUUCCUCAAGAAGACUUGUGACAAGGGCAAUCCUUGCGGUGGUUGUCGUCCUUCUCAUGCCCGUCUUUGGCAAGUCCCUUGCACUCGAAUCGACAUCAAGGACAUUGGCUUCUUCAUGAAGGACUGGAAGGCUGACUACGAACGUCACGUCAAUCUCGGUGUAUCUGCUGCCAACAUCAAGGGAUUCUCCCCCAAUGAGCGCACCGUCUACAUCACGCACGGCUAUGGGUACCUGCUGCCAAUCAACGUUCGCGAGGUCUACGUUCGUGACGACAGCUGCUUCAAUAUCGACUGGUCUGAGAAGAUCAACGAUCCUAUUCAGUUCGAGUCUCAUACCUCGAAGCUGUCGACUGGUAUGGAGGGUGUUUCAGCCUCGAGUCUCUCGGACUAUCUCGAUUGUCAUCUCGACAACGGCUUCGAGUCGUUUGUCGACGGUUACUUCGAAGGGACACCCUUCUUGACUGAGAUGCUCAAGACUGCCUACCACUACUGGGUCAAGUCGAAGUCGCCAGUGAUUCGCAAAGCUCUCAAGUUGGUACUUGCAUACAACUUGACCCUUCACAUCACCAUGAUCGAGGGUCUGUCUGAGGAAGAAGCCGGUGUCGGCAAGAUCGAAGAUGAGGACAGCAAGUUCUGUGGCAAGACUAUCGCUCCUGGCAUGAUCAACUUCCAGGUCAAGAUUGCCUUGGCCGAUAUGUGGAGAGAACUUCAAAAGGAUGUUCUUGAAGAACUCUCGGCAUUGUACUCCUCUGUGUACAGUGGCGAGAAACUCAAGAACUGGCCAACCAUCUUCAUGCUUGCAGCAAUCCUGCUAGCCGUAUGGGAAGAGAUGCAGUUUGAUGCACACUACCGUACACCUGAUGAGACAGCUGUCAAUCAAUUCUGCAAUGACAUGGAAAGCACUCCUGUUGGCGUAAUCGUCGGCUUGUUCCAAGCUAUCAGCCAGAAGUUGCCCAACUUCAUGGACUGGGACACUCGUAGCCACCACCAACUUCUCAACUCUGACCCUGCCAUCUGCGAGGCUUUGACUGAAGUGAAACAACAUGUCACCAAGCAUGAAAAAUAUCUCCGAUCUAGAUCGGACGCCAAGUUCGACCGCAACGACUUCGACUGUCUGUCGAACAAGUUCCUGGCCAGACUUGUCAUUCGCGCAAAUUGA